GAGGGGAAGCUGGAAGCAGAGGAGUUCACAGAGCAGCUCUAUCGAGAGCUGAAGUCGACUCCACAGUCCUGCUUGGUGCCUUUUCUCAAGAAAAGUCUUCCUGCAGUUCGUCGCCUCACUGCAGACCCGCAGCUGUUUAUCCAACAGGCUUCAACUCCUGUCCGCAGCAACAACAACAACAACAGCAACACUAAUAACAACAACAUCAACAACAACAACAACACUCUGCUGACCACCAUGAAGCAGAACAGCACUGUCACAGCAAACAGCCUCAGUACCAGCCUGAAGGUUACCCAGCAACCUCGAGCCGUGACUCUGACAUCUGGGUUGGUGACUUUUGCUCAGCCCAGAAUUGACAUGUCUAAGAUCAGCAAACCCAGCCCCAGAAACUUCACAGGAACAUUUACACUGAAGCGGCCCUUCAUUCAGGAUCGUCCCACCAAGUUUGCUUUCAAGGACAGCUCAGGAUCUUACAAAGAAGAUGAUGACAUCAAUGACGUGGCCUCCAUGGCGGGAGUGAACCUGCGGGAGGAGAACGCUCAGAUCCUGAUCUCAGUGGUGGGCUCCGUGGUGCAGUCCUGCCAGGACCAGCCCUUCCUGUCCCCCCCACCACUGCUCAGCCGCAUCCUGCGCACAGGUCAGGGUCUGGGGCUGACGGAGGUGGGUCUGGAGGUGGGGGCUCUGGUGUCUCAUGCCACACUGGAGUUUCUGCGGGGGCUGCUGGAGAAGCUCACCGUGAUGGCAGACCACCGCAAGGCAGCCCUGAAG